AUCCCCUCCGCCAUUGGAGGCUACAGCUGUCGAUCACCGGGUCCCAGCCGGAGAUUCCCCGCAGACACCCGGUGAUCGCCGAGUAUCACUAACAGGGAAGAGGUCUGUAUGUAAACAACGCAGAUCUCUCCUGUCAUCACCAGCAUGCUGCUUUGUAUUGCUCUGCAUAGCAGAGCAAUACAAAGCAUCACAGACAACACAGUAAAACAGCACACACAGCACACAGAUAACCCUUUGAUCUCCCCAGAUGUUGACCCCUUCCUGCCCAGUGCCAUUAGUACAGUGUCAGUGCUUUUUAUUAGCACUGAUCACUGUAUUAGUGUCAUUGGGGAUGUCAGUGGCAGUUAAUCAGCCCCCCCCCCCCAUUGUCAGAAUACCCACCACAGUCCCACAGUUCUGCUAUAAGUCACUGA